AUGGUUUUGUGGUGGAAACCGCACUGCAGCAGCAAGGGGCAGCCACUAAAUCCACUUUGCAACUACUUCCCAAGGCUGCCAGCACAUUCCAGCAUCUUGCAGCCGUUGGAACCAUUUCACAGCCACAUGCUGUUGCACAGCCACCAAACCGUGUGGCUGGAACUGCUCAAGCUCUCGCUGCCGCAAGAUCCUGUGACCACCAUAGCCUUGCAGCUGCAAGCAUCGGUUGCUGGAGCAGCUCCACUGCGUUAUCCCACCACUAGAGUACAACAGCAGCCGUACCAGGCAGUGCCGAAUUUUCUGCACAACCCUACCGCUACUUCGACACCGUCCCAAUCUUGA